AUGGCCACCACAAGCACGAAGGUGUCAGUUAGCGCGGGUUAUACUACGGAGAAGGUACAGACAGAGCAACAGGAUACCGUCCCAGCGCCGGAGUCCAGCAUAGACAGCAUAUCUGAGGCUCUCCAACUGCUCGAGCUCGAGCUGCCAGACUUCGAGGAAGAGCUCGUUACACAAGUUCGUAGCCUGCCGCUAGAUACUUUCACCUGUUUCCCAAAGCUUGGGAUCGAGCUACGAUACAUGAUCUGGAAAUUGACCUUCCCUGGACGUCGCUGCAUCAGCCUCUCGCAUGUUAAACAUUACCUCAAAGUCCCGAUCGGUCCAAAGCUGCCCACCAGUCUACACAUCAAUCGAGAGAGUCGAAGCUACACCUUGGAGACCUUCCACCUCUUAUGGCUCAAGAUGCAUCGGACGGGUAGUAAACGUUUGUUUUCCAGGCUGAUAUGCAUGAACCCAGCUUUGGAUUUGGUGCACGUCGAUUUCAUCUCGAUACAAGGCCGAUACCGUCUGCACCGUCUACGUGAGCUGUUUCAAAAAUACCCCGAGUCCAUCGCCGCUAUUCGCAGUCUCGAGAUCAGAGAAAUAAUUCACCCGGCCUUUCUACGCGACAUGAAGUACGAUGAUGAAUCCGAUUAUAUCUGGGAAGAUCCGCGUCCUAAUAGCCCGAUGCAGUGGUUCAAGGGUCUGCGGAAUAUCCACUUGGUUGCUGAUUGGCGUAUUUCCCCAACAUGCAAGUGGUACUCAGCCUUGGUUUACAAAAUUUUCAUCCGCGAGGUAAAGCUCACCAGGAUCGGUACCAAGUAUUCGGAGCUUCCCAACCCAGCUCUAGUCAUCCACCAAUGGCGACGCCUAGAAGUGAGGUCCGACUACGACAAUCUUCACGACGCCGCCCUCCCUGAUCCCUGGCCAAAGGAGCAGAUUGCUAUCUUCGUGGACAAGAGUAUCAGCAAGAUACAAAACCGAUCCGAGGAAGCUUCCAGCCGCGCGGGAACCGGUGACCGAAAUGGCGGAGGACGAUAA